AUGGUAAAAGCAGGGACCAGCGACGCCAAAGCAGGGACCAGCGACGCCAAAGCAGGGACCAGCGACGCCAAAGCAUGGACCAGCGACGCCAAAGCAGGGACCAGCGACGCCAAAGCAGGGACCAGCGACGCCAAAGCAGGGACCAGCGACGCCAAAGCAGGGACCAGCGACGCCAAAGCAGGGACCAGCGACGCCAAAGCAGGGACCAGCGACGCCAAAGCAGGGACCAGAGACGCCAAAGCAGGGACCAGCGACGCCAAAGCAGGGACCAGAGACGCCAAAGCAGGGACCAGCGACGCCAAAGCAGGGACCAGCGACGCCAAAACAGGGACCAGCGACGCCAAAGCAGGGACCAGCGACGCCAAAGCAGGGACCAGCGACGCCAAAGCAGGGACCAGCGACGCCAAAGCAGGGACCAGCGAUGCCAAAGCAGGGACCAGCGACGCCAAAGCAGGGACCAGCGACGCCAAAGCAGGGACCAGAGACGCCAAAGCAGGGACCAGCGACGCCAAAGCAGGGACCAGCGACGCCAAAGCAGGGACCAGCGAUGCCAAAGCAGGGACCAGCGAUGCCAAAGCAGGGACCAGCGACGCCAAAGCAGGGACCAGCGACGCCAAAGCAGGGACCGGCGACGCCAAAGCAGGGACCAGCGACGCCAAAGCAGGGACCAGCGACGCCAAAGCAGGGACCAGCGACGCCAAAGCAGGGACCAGCGACGCCAAAGCAGGGACCAGCGACGCCAAAGCAGGGACCAGCGACGCCAAAGCAGGGACCAGAGACGCCAAAGCAGGGACCAGCGACGCCAAAGCAGGGACCAGAGACGCCAAAGCAGGGACCAGCGACGCCAAAGCAGGGACCAGCGACGCCAAAACAGGGACCAGCGACGCCAAAGCAGGGACCAGCGACGCCAAAGCAGGGACCAGCGACGCCAAAGCAGGGACCAGCGACGCCAAAGCAGGGACCAGCGAUGCCAAAGCAGGGACCAGCGACGCCAAAGCAGGGACCAGCGACGCCAAAGCAGGGACCAGAGACGCCAAAGCAGGGACCAGCGACGCCAAAGCAGGGACCAGCGACGCCAAAGCAGGGACCAGCGAUGCCAAAGCAGGGACCAGCGAUGCCAAAGCAGGGACCAGCGACGCCAAAGCAGGGACCAGCGACGCCAAAGCAGGGACCGGCGACGCCAAAGCAGGGACCAGCGACGCCAAAGCAGGGACCAGCGACGCCAAAGCAGGGACCAGCGACGCCAAAGCAGGGACCAGCGAUGCCAAAGCAGGGACCAGCGACGCCAAAGCAGGGACCAGCGACGCCAAAGCAGGGACCAGAGACGCCAAAGCAGGGACCAGUGACGCCAAAGCAGGGACCAGCGACGCCAAAGCAGGGACCAGCGAUGCCAAAGCAGGGACCAGCGAUGCCAAAGCAGGGACCAGCGACGCCAAAGCAGGGACCAGCGACGCCAAAGAAGGGACCGGCGACGCCAAAGCAGGGACCAGCGACGCCAAAGCAGGGACCAGCGACGCCAAAGCAGGGACCAGCGACGCUAAAACUGGUAUAAAUAAGUAA